AUGUCCGAUGAGGUCGAGGGAAUUGUUUUAUAUGAGGAUUUCAUUGAAGGCCGGCCGUAUCUUGGAAUAUUCUGCAAAAAAUAUCCAACCCGGGAAAUAAAUGUUUUUGUCGACGACGAAACGAGGGAGUUUGCCAAGGUAUGCCGACGCUAUUACAUUUUUUUUUAACACGGGAAUUUCGUUUAGCCCGGCCGAUAUGUAUUUUUAUCGUUCUCAAGAAGUUUCCACAGACAAAAACCGAAUUUGGUGAUGGACAUGGAUAUGGUAGGAAUUCGACAGUGUGGGCAAACGAUCGAUCAUACUCCGGUGGACAAGAAAUUCCGACAAGUUCUGUUUCGGGAACAAGUUUUCUUUGCAAAAGAUAACUUGGAGCACAAAUUAGUCGGGGACCCCAGAGUAGGAUUGUCUCUACAUUUUCUAUUAAUUUUAGGUAUUUGGAGCUGCCUAUUCCCCCGAGUUUGGAUGGGUACUGAUGUUGCAAAAACAUCUGAAAGAAGCUCGUUGUAUCAAUCCGGACAAGGCGUAUAACGUGGUGAUCGCAAAUCCUCCAAAAAGGUUGAGCCAAUCUUUGAUUGAAGAACUGGGCAGCUUUAUGUUCUGCGUUGAUAUUGGCGACGAAAUCGCAGACCCAAAGGUCUACAAGUUCCUGAAUGAAGUGGCUGUAAGAUCAGGUUUUGCAAGCCGUAUUGGAAAAGGUGAUUUUUUAAUCUUGGUUUUUAGCCGAUUAAACGUAACUUCGGGGAUGUGGCAGCGCCAGAAUGUUUCACUGAAGCUUUGCCAUUAACGGUCCUCUCUAUGGAAGGUGAUGCUAUUCAACUCGUUUUUGUUUAUCAAAAGGUGUCCGAAGGUUUAUAUAAGGCAUUUGAUGUUCAUCAAAACCAACUUGUCGAAUUGAAAUCCGAAGUAAGUUGACAAUUAUUGUGACGCAUCUUUUAGAGAAGACUUGAAAUCGGAAACCUUUAUCUUGUCGAGGUGGACGAUACGACCGGGGAAAUAAGCUAUUACAACGUGGAUCAUGCCAAUUCAAUGUUGUCCCCAUUAAAGGAUUCCUUUGAAGUAGGUAUCAGUUUUUUGCGUUAACAUUUUAGUUCGAAGCUGAAGCUAAUAUUAGUAAAUUUGAUUGUGAUGAUCUUGACGCCUUUAUUUGGAAAGCAUAUGCCGAUACCAUAUUUGGAACUGUUUUGCUUGUGGAUGUUCCUGAAGAACAUCAACCCGAUGAUUUGUAUACAAUAAGAGCUGUCUUCUCGCCCGAUGAUGUGGAGGGAUAUGUUUGGUAUGCUCAUAGAUACAGCCAUCCCUCAGAGGAUGAGUUUCGAAUGGCAAGUUUCCGUCGUAUAAUUUGUGAAUGAUUAGUUUAGGUAUCUAAAUUCACUGCGCGGGUUGCGGAAAUACUUAAAGAUUAUGAGAAACAUAGUCUGCUUCCUUCCACUCCAGAUAGAGAGUUUGACGAGACGUUAAAGAAUGAAGAAGUUGAUGAAUCGGCUCAAGUGAGCGAUGCGGGUAAUCGCUCAGAUUCAGCUAAAUUGGAUAUACCUGACAGUGCUAUUAGUGAAAAAAAAGAUAAAAUGACAACGGAAAUUAAAGACGAAGUGUUUUCUGAGCCUGCUGAAGAAAAUAGUAAUAACGAAAAGGAAGAGAUAUUUGCGGAAGAGGAUCAUGUUUUUGAGGUUGCCCCAAGAGAUGACGCCGAUGAAACUGCUUUGGAAACUACUGAAUACAAAAGCUCCCCUGAAGACGUUGACCGUGAUCACACUGACAAUUUUUGUGCUAAUAAUGGAAGCUCAAAGCGAACAGAAAGUCAAGAAGCGGUUAGGGUAAGUUGCUUAUGAUUAUGUCAAUUACGGUGUUUCAAGAAAUUGCGAAUAUCUUUGUGCUCUUUGCAGUUAUCCAGGAAAUUUAAGUUGUGUUUAAAAUUGGAAUUUGUGCGUUUUUAGAACAUGCAAAGUAUUUUUCGUUUUUGAAAAUUAGAUCUUGUUACGAAGUACGGACUUCUUUAUUACGAAUAUGGUUGUCACAUGUGGUAAGAUGUAAUCUGUCAGUCUCUGUAGCUUGGCAGAUUUUUUCACGUUGGCGAAGGCCUUUGAGACUGUUUUACCGGCGAAUAUCGUUUUAGGGGCUUGGAUUUUUCUAAUCGGAUUGAGACAUUAAAAAAAAUCUGUCAUCUUUGGGGACAGAUUGGGGUUUGUUAAUAGCUGCAAGAGCACACAGAUAUUCGCAAAACUUUUUUGUAAUAUUUAUUGAAACACCCUGUAGUUUGAUGUGAAGAGCGUUUCUUAUGUAUAUUUUUAGUUAUGUUUCCUGGUCCUGGAGGCACAUGACGGCUAUCUUUUGACCUUUUCCCCGGAACAUAAAUAUGGAUUGGUGACUGGAAGGUAAGAAAGUUGCUCUUCUAUCUUCGUAUUUUAUUUUUAUUUUAGGUUAGCAAGCCCCGAGUUGUUUAUUGGAAAGUGGAUUGAGGCCGAUUGUUUUUUGAUUCCUGAUCAUGCGAAGUAUUCUUUUCUCGGCAAUAAUUUCUGUGGAUUUGGCAUUCCCAAAUAUGAGACGCUUGUUGUAAAUCGACCCAAUGAUUUGUUUGUCAUAAUUAGAACAAGGGUGUCUUCUGGAUUGCGAGGAAUUGUGGAUCUUAGUGACACAAGUAUUUUUAGUCAGGAUGGACGUACGUUUUUUGCAAUAGUUCUGAUAAAUUUUUGUAUAGAUCUUGCCUAUCUACGUUACAUUGGAGGACAAGAAUGGGGAAUUUUUGACGAUUUUGAAGCGGCAUGUGAUUAUGUCAGUUUUGUUUCCUAUGUGUCAUUUCCAAAUGUGUGGUUCUCUGUGGUAUCUUUAAAAACCAUUGCAGAUACCAGAUUGUCAGCCCUUUGUAUCUCCUGACUUCAAAACCUCAAAUUCUUCAUUUUGUGUUGAUAGUCUGACUGGAAAAAAUGCCCCAGAAAUAGAAACCAUGGGUGAUGGCGGUGAUUUGACUAAGAAAACGAUUACGGAUAUAGACGAGGUCAAUAAGGAUGAUCUAUCCUCAGAAGAAGAAUCUCUUGCUGAUAGUAUUCAUUCUGAUGACAUAUGUGAGAGUAAUGGAAUAUUGCUUCAACAAGAUUUGGAUAAUAAAUUGGAGUCACGGACCCAAGUGUUGCAUAAAGCAGAAGAUAAAGUUAUCGUUAUGAAAAGCAACGAUAAACCGGAUAUUAUUCCAAUUAAUGACAAUGCUAAAAAUCAAGGAAGCCAGGAAAAACCAACUGAAGAUUUCCGGGAUAACCUGCAGAAAAGUCCAAUCCAGGGCACGAUGGAUGUUCUGACGAGAGGAAGAGCCCGAAUUUGUGAAAUUGAUACGGACACUGAAGACGAUGAUGCAGAACUGGACGACGAAAUUGAGGGUGAGGAUAGCGACAAUGGCCAGGGCAACAAGGAGAACGACUUUUUUGUUCCGCCUGAACCAAUUAACCCUGCUGUUGAACACAAAUUCAACAACUUUGUUCGAGAGAAGGACGACGAAAAUGAAGAAGAAGCUCCGAUAACCCCAAAGAUCAGUCAACCAUCAAGUUCGAGCAAUGGAUGUGAUAUUUCAGACCGUAAAGAAGAGGAACGCCUAGAAAAAGAAAGGGAAAGUCCAGAGGAAAAACCUCGAACUCCUUGGGAUGAGGCUGAGAACAUGAAUUUUGAUUUCGGGUUGAUGUCACCUCCAGAAGAUGUUGAAGAUGAAGAAGUUGUGCCCUGGGGUGAUAUUGGAUGUAAUUUUGUGGCUCCGGUGGGUUUAUUUUGCCAUGUCUAAUGUUUUAAUACAGGGUGGGGCAUCUUUGUGGCCCCAUUUAAAUUGGCUAUAGUUUUUUCAGGUUUUGGCCAAAUCUUGAAAUUCUUUUUUUCCUUUUUUCUCCUCAUAUGUCCCCAUUUUGUUUAAUACGAAACAAUUUAUACCCAUUUAUUAGCUUACAUCAAAAAUUAACUACAAAUAAAAAAGUCUGAUUUUUGUAAUUGACAAGGGAAGUACCGCAAGUGCAACGCUCAGAUUUUCUUUAAAUUUUGCACACGGGCCGGACAUAGGCCGCAUAUCAAUUCCUGAAAGUUUUAGGUCGCGCCUUUUUGGGGCGGCCAAGAUACUCAACGAUCUUUUGCAUCAAAGAGGGUACGAGAGUAGUCACACAGAAAAACUUUUUGGCUAUAUCCUCGCCAGUUUUAUGCGGAAAGAGUUGAUUUUUUGUGGAAACGGUAUUCUCUACAGGGUGUCCCAAAAAAAUUCAUGUUUUUUUAUGGCUACAUUUUACAUACCAAACAAAAUUUAACAAAGCUAACGACGGAUAUCAGUAACAUAGAGGAUUAUUGAUAACAUGUCAAGCCAGUUUCACAGUGGCUGCCUUUGGUGGCGAUAUAGAGCUCCAAACGUAACUUAAAAUUUUGGGCUCGGGGCCGCAGCUCUUUUCGGGGAAAUCGGUCCCGUUCUUGGCGCAACGACUACCCUGCGACUCCAAACUUUUGUGACGUGUAGUACAGGCGUUGGCAUCUAAUUUAAAAAAAUUUUUGGUCCAUCGGAUUCAGAUCCGGCGUGCAGACGGCCAUUUUGCAGAAGGGAUAAAAUCGGGAAAAUCGGUCCCAUUCCGGGUACUGAGUUGAUUUUGCCUUGUGAACCGGGGCUGAGUCUAGUUGGAACGCCAAAUUUGCAUUGCCAAGGUUCUGCUGAGUCAACAGAAGUAUCAGAAAAUCGAGAUUGACGCGGCGCUAGAAUUUUGACCCCUUGAUACGCAAAAACCAUAGAAUUCUUGCCGUUGGCACAAAUUCCGCCUUAGGCAAUGACGGCCUGGACUUUAACGGUUUUCGACGUUAGCCGACAUGCCGAGGGCCUCAUCUAAGAAGAUCCUAUUGUUCUGGUGGUUGUGCAUCCACCAAAUAUUGAACCACGAACGAAUGCGCUCACGUCUCUGAGCUGCGGCCCAGCCCUUGACUUUCCGACAUUUCUGGCGCCGUACGAACUUGCUGACUUCAAAGAUAUGAACUUUUUACAGCUUAUACAGCGUGAGGUACAGCUCAUCAUCGGCUAUUCGGGUGACCGAUCGGUCGCUGAUGGCUACCUCACGGGCAAGUUUUUCUUGAAAAUCGCGGAUUUGGCUGUUGGGGGUCUCUCGGUUGACAGAACUGCUGGCGGUGCGUUUUCUUUUACGUCGUGGACGCUUACUAUCGUCAUCAAGCUCCUUACAUCGCGUGAUUACUGUUGACACAACGUCCUUUCUCUAGCGACCAAAUUAACAACUUGAACGGCUCAAAAACAGUGACAAAAUCGCAGUUCCUUUGUUUGACCUUUAAAAAAACCAUGUUCGUUAAUCGAUAUGAACACGAAGCUGAAAUGUCUAGGACAGAAAAUCACGGAGAUUUUAGUAGUACAAAAAUUUUUCGCCCUGACCUAAACAUUUUCGCGUCAGGACCCAUGGAAAAAACAUGCAUUUUUUUUUGGGACACCCUGUACAACAGUCUGUCGAUUUGACCAAUAACUAUGAACUAAGCCCACGUAUAUAUAACAAAUUUGGUAUUAAACAAAAUUGGGACUGGAGAAUAAACUCAGUAUUCCUUGGGGUACAUCUCAUAUGGUUGGGAAACAAUAAAAAGUGUCCGAAAUUAAUCGCUAUUUUAUCUGUAGACUACAAGUGGACAUGAUUUACUCCCGUUGCGCUUUCAUUCACGGGCCGAGAAGACCAUAUACGACACAACUCAAAUAAAUCAGGUAGAUAGCGACAAUGAAGAGGUGUAUGGAGAAGAUGAAGACGACAAUGAAGAUUACAGUAGUGGUUGUGAAGACUUUUCUUUUAAUGUGGGCGAGCCGAAAGAUGAGGAAGACAUUGAGAAUGAAAAGGCUGAAGGUAUGCUUUGAUGCACGUGACAUUGUGUCUGAUAAGUGGCAUGCUUGUAACAGUGGUUUUAGAUUCAGCUGAAGGUGGUCAAACGAACCCGUGUCUAUACAGUAUGCCCCCAGAUGGCGGAGAAUGCUUCGAGAACAGUAGUCAGGAUCUCUCGGAGGAUGAUUCCGACUAA